UAUAAAAAUAUAAGUAAAUAAUAUCAUCGAUUGAAUGACAAAUUAUGAGUUGUGAACUAAUCCAAAGAUAUGGACCAUUCACUCGUCUCAGUCGUUAUUUGAACUCAAAGAAGAAUAAGACGAUAAAGACAUUAAAGACAGAGAAGCCGUUGGCAUCGCAAGUGUUGACCACUUAUUUGGAAACUAGAAAACCAUUUUGGAGCUCAUAUUUUGUUAGAUACCGUUCCGUAGUCAACGAUCAGUUCGGUUAUUCGCAUUUCAAUUGGUCGGUCGGUUCAGACAACUAUCAUAUACUGCGAAUCGGUUGCUAUCCGUUCAUCAAAUAUCACUGCAGUCGACGGCCAGUCGAAGAUCUGACUGUUGAAGACAAACUGUUUACAUGUCUUAAAGCGCUUAAUUUGGGUAUACCGUCGCUAAUGUAUGGAACGGCAGCGAGAUUUCUGGCCAAAGUGUCCGAAACGGUCGAUACCGACAGCGGUAAUGUAGUCAUCUAUUUCUACGAGAAAGAGGAUCCCAGUGCCAGAUAUUGA